AUAAUUAAUGCUCACUGCGCAUCAAUCCCUCCUGCGCCAGGGAAUUCUUGAUGCCCUCCAGUAGCAUUCUUUAGCUGUGCUGGAAGGAAAUAAUCACCAUGGCCGAGCCAACUGUCAAUGAAGCCUCCGAACUGACAUCCCCACACCAAAGCUUGGAGAUGCCGGCCCCCCCUUCGCCGCCUGAUAACGAAGCUGAGGCGCCACAGGCGGUGCCUGCUAACCAGGAAGAAAAAGAGAAAUUAGACAGGGUCAUUCUGUCUGAUAUCGGCGUCGUGACCCUCUUGAACAGGUUGAAACAGAGCAUCUCAUCCGCCCGGGAAUUCGCGUCCUUUCUGCGCAAACGGUCGUCUCUCGAGGAAGACCAUGCUCAGGGGCUCAAGAAGCUUUCCCGUGCGCUGCACGAUUCGUCGAUGCGAUCGGAAAAUAGACAGGGGAGCUUUGCUCAGAGUUACGAUGAGAUGAACAGAAUACAUGACCGCAUGGCUGAUCAUGGACUCCAAUUCGCCGUAUCCCUUCAGCAAAUGUCUGAGGACUUGAAUGAGUUAGCCGCGAACAUGGAACGAGGUCGAAAGCAUUGGAAACAGAAUGGCUUGAAUGCGGAGAAGAGAGUGCAAGACGCAGAGGCUGCCGCCGAAAAGGCGAAGGUCAAAUAUGACAGCCUUGCGGAACAAUAUGACCGUGCCAGAACCGGUGAUCGCCAGCCUGGAAAGUUUGGCUUGAAAGGGCCGAAAUCCGCUGCGCAAUACGAAGAGGAUCUGCUCCGCAAAGUCCAGAAUGCAGACGCAGAUUAUGCAAAUAAGGUGCAGGCCGCGCAGACGCAGAAACAGGAGCUUGUUGCGACUCUCAGACCGCAGGCGACACGCGCUCUCCAGGACUUGAUCAACGAGUGCGAUUCAGCGCUAACGCUCCAGAUUCAGAAAUUCGCCGCAUUCAGCGAGAGACUUUUGCUUGGAAGUGGUUUGUCAGUGAGCCCGUUGAAAAAUGAGGUCAAUGGAAAUACAGCCGCACCAAAGAGCCUCCGAGACGCCGCCCGCCAGGUUGACAACGAACGGGACUUCAAGGAUUAUAUUUUGAGCCAUUCCUCCAAGGUCAGCUCUAAUGCUACGACAAUCAGAUAUGAGCGUCAUCCAACCCUUAUCACCCCUCAGUCCCAGAAUGCCAGUGCGCAUCCAAAGAGACAAUCUCUGAGUAUAAAUACUGCUCAAACGCCUCCUCCCCAGACUGCGGCACAGGCUUUCGCGCAAAUGACCCCUCAUCAUCCCCCUCCUCCUCCCGCCCAGGUCCAACAUGCUCCGCAGCCCCAGCACGCUCCACCAUCUUUUCAACACCCACACCAAGAAAUAUUUCUCACGCAGCCACCAGUGCAACAUCAUCCUCAGCCACCCUAUCCAACCUCAGCUCCACCUCACCAGCCCUACUCACCUGCGCAUACCCGUCCGUCAUUUAGCCUUGACCGUGCCGCCCCUCCUACUAAUGCGGGCCAUCACCCGGAUCUGCCCCCAUUAAACCCAGUUUUUGGCGUCAGUCUGGAGGAUCUAUUCCUAAGAGACGGUACCGCAAUCCCCAUGAUUGUUUACCAGUGCAUUCAAGCAGUUGAGUUGUUCGGCUUGAAUGUGGAAGGGAUCUACCGACUAUCAGGGAAUACGCUGCAUAUCCAGCGGAUGAAGGCCCUGUUUGAUAAUGACUCGAGUAAGGUUGAUUUUACAAACCCCGAGAACUUUCACCACGAUGUCAACAGCGUAGCUGGUCUCUUGAAGCAAUUUUUCAGAGAGUUGCCUGACCCCCUUUUUACGAACGAACGCUACCAAGAUUUUAUCAAUGCUGCCCGCAAAGACGACGACGUCCAACGUCGGGAUACUUUGCAUGCGCUAAUCAACAGUCUCCCGGAUCCCAAUUAUGCGACCCUACGGGCAUUGAUUUUGCACCUUAACCAUGUGCAAGAGCGGGCUUCUGAGAACAGAAUGAAUGCAGGGAACAUUGCUAUCAGCUUUGGUCUAACGCUUAUGGGCUCCAACGCUGGUCACAACAUUGCCGAUUCGGGGUGGCAAGCACGAGUAAUCGAGACUGUCUUGCAAAAUACGUUUCAAAUUUUUGAUGAUGAUUAAACGAGCAUCAGUUAUGCCUGUAGUUGCCUCCUUGGAAUGUUUCAGAUACACCAUUUCAGGCAUAUCAUGAUUGGGGAUUUCAUCCUUUUGACUAGGAAGAUAACUAAACUCUGGAUUAGCAUUUUCAUUUUUGUAUUAGUUAAUAUUUAUUUA